UUCCCUUCGCUUGCCCCAUAAGUUCAUAACUCUCUCUCUCCUCUCUCUCUCUCUCUCUCUCUCUCUCCAAAAAAAAAAACCAAGCCAUACAAAACAUGGUGUACUCAAGAACAACAAGUAGUAAGAGUAGUAGUACUUCCACCACAAGUCUCCUCUUCAUAUUUUUCCUCUUAUCCAUCCUCACUCAAUCCAUUUCCUCCUCUUCUCCGCCGACAGACGGGUUCCUCUUCGGCGGAUGCACUCAGCAGAAGUACUCGGCGGAUUCGCCCUACGAGUCGAACGUCAACUCGCUACUCACCUCCCUGGUCAACUCGGCCACCUACUCCUCCUACAACAACUUCACCAUCACCGGCUCCACCCAACACGACGUCGUCUACGGCCUCUUCCAGUGCCGCGGCGACCUCGCCAUGCCCGACUGCGCCACGUGCGUCGCACGUGCGGUGACUCAACUCGGUCCCCUUUGCUCCCAGACCUGUGGCGGAGCGCUCCAGCUCCAGGGAUGCUACGUCAAGUACGACAACGCCACUUUCCUUGGCGUUGAGGACAAGACUGUGGUGCUCAAGAAGUGUGGGCCGUCUGUGGGCUACGACGUGGAUGGGCUGGCCAGGAGGGAUGCUGUACUGGGCUCGCUUGCGGGCUCUGGUGGGCUUUACAGGGUUGGUGGGUCCGGGGACGUACAGGGCGUGGCCCAAUGUGUGGGUGAUCUUAGCUUCGGGGAGUGCCAGGAUUGCGUGUCGGAGGCCAUCGGACGGCUCAAGAGCGACUGUGGGCAAGCGGUUUUUGGGGAUAUGUUCCUGGCCAAGUGUUAUGCGAGGUACUCGACGGAUGGGGCCCAUUAUUAUUCCAAGACUCAUCACGAUAAAUCUACCGAUGAUGGUGAGAAGACAUUUGCAAUUAUCAUCGGAUUAUUAGCUGGAGUUGCCCUAAUCAUCAUCUUCCUUGCUUUCUUAAGAAAGAUCUGUGAGGGAAAUGGUAAAUAAAUUAAAAAGUUAUUUAUUUCAUCCUCACUCCUUCAGCAAAGUGUCCGUUGCUCUCUUUUGCCUCCUUUCUUCUCUUCAUUAUGUCAACUUUCCUUUCUCUUUUCCCUUUUCCUGGAUUUGUUUUUAUAUUUCUCUCCAAAAGGAGGUUUAAAGAAAAGAUGGGAAAGAUGUAUGAUAGGGCACUUGCCCAAAACAAAGUUAAAAAAGAGUGGGGAAAAAAAAAAGGAAGCUAAAGAUUCCAAUCUA